ACAAGCAAGAAACACUAAUCUUUCCAGAAAACAAAGAUCGAAUCUCGACCGUACGAUCAGAUGGCAGAGGUGCAAGCUCGACCGCAAGAAAUGAGCAGCAGCUGGGAGCAGCAGCCCAAGUCACGGCAGAUGGUGAAGGUGGCGACGGCGGUGACGGCCGGCGGGUCACUGCUCGUACUCUCCGGCCUGACACUCGCCGGAACGGUGAUCGCUCUGACGGUGGCGACGCCUUUGCUCGUGAUCUUCAGCCCCGUCCUCGUCCCCGCCGUCAUCACCGUCGCCCUCCUCAUCACCGGCUUCCUCUCCUCCGGCGGAUUCGGCAUCGCCGCCAUUACCGUCUUCUCCUGGAUCUACAGGUACGUGACGGGGAAGCACCCACCGGGGGCGGACAAGCUGGACAGUGCAAGGAUGAAGCUGGCGAGCAAAGCGCAGGAUCUUAAAGACAGAGCUCAGCAGUUCGGACAGCAACACUCUGCCACUCACCAGACUUCUUAGAUCACUCUCUCUCUCUCUCCAUGCAUGCAUGCAUUCUGUGUUCUUGACGAGAGAUCUUCGGACAAGAUAGAAAAAUGUCUGUUUUUUUUUUUUUGGUUUUCUCUGUUGUAAAUAGGUAAAAACCAUAUCGAGUGUUCUUUGUUUUGUUGGUGAAUGAAUGAAUGAAUGAAUAAACGUCUCUUUCUUUUGCAA